AUGGCUUUUCCCGAUCAUCGGCCACAUGGGCAUCUGCACGUCCACUGGAGUCAUCCGGGACUUUGCAGGGCCGUAUUUUGUCUCGGAAGACAACAUGGCAUUUGGGAAGCCAGUGAAGUACUGGAAACUGGAUCCCAGCAAAGUAUAUUCCACUGGUCCCAACGCUUGGGACACGGCUGUACACGAUGCUUCAGAGGAGUACAAGCACCGAAUGCACAACCUUUGCUGUGAUAACUGCCAUUCUCACGUGGCUCUGGCCUUAAACUUGAUGAGAUACGAUAACAGCACCUCCUGGAACAUGGUGAAACUCUGCUUCUUCUCACUCCUCUAUGGGAAGUAUGUAAGCAUAGGGGGAUUUGUGAAGACCUGGCUUCCCUUUGUCCUCUUCUUGGGAGUGAUCAUGACUGUUGUUCUGACACUUCAUUUGCGGUGA